GUUAUGUUAGCAACCACUGUUAAUCGAAUUGCAUAAAAUUCCAAUUCUCUUUUGCAAGAUUACUUGUGAAACGAUUAAAAAAGGCAAUAUGCUAAGCAAAACGGGGUUAAUUGGCGCCUUGGUGCGUAGAUCCUUCGGCACCAGUCAGAUGUUGCGAGAGACGAUCAAGAACCACGAGCCAAACAAUCUGGAGCGCCGUAUGUUGGUUUGGACCGGCAAAUACAAGUCGCAGUCCGAGAUUCCCAAUUUCGUUAGUCAGGAUGUCAUGGAGCGCUGCCGCAACAAAAUGCGCAUCCGCCUGGCCAACAUAAUGAUCGCACUCACCGCCGUGGGAUGCGCCAUUAUGGUGUACAGUGGCAAGCAGGCCGCCAAGAAAGGAGAAUCCGUCACAAAGAUGAAUCUCGAGUGGCACAAACAGUUUAAUGACUCUCAGCAGAGCGAAGGAUCUGCUCCGGCCGCCAAAUAGAAAAUCACUCCGAAAUCCCUCACUCGCCUAGUAAUAUUAGAACUGGCCAGGCUUCCAUUUUCACUUCCAAAGAAGAUUGGCUAAAACUGGCCUUAAAAGAUUUUGCUAAUAAUCAGUUGGUCUGAAGAUUGUUGAAAAUUUUUCUUUUUAAAUUUAGAUUUUUAUUUUUGAUUUGAAUGUGUGCGUUCAACUAAAAAAAUUCAUAAUUAUCCCAAUUGGCCCAUAAACUAUGGAAUGGAAAAUGUUUGCAGGGCCAAAUCUUUAGUGAAUUUUUUGGCUUGGAAAGCACUUUGCCAUAAGCAUGUGUACAAGCCGUGUCCUUGAUAGAUAUUCAGUGAUAUUUGUAAUGUUGUAUUAUCAAAAAUAAAACAUAUUUAUUGC